UCUUUUAAAAUAAACAUAAAUCCCAGGAUAGAAGAGACUUGUGUGAAGGAACUGAAAGAGAAGAUUGAAUCAGAAAGGGGGAAAGAUGCUUUUCCAGUAGCUGGCCAAAAACUGAUUUAUGCAGGUAAAAUCCUUAAUGACGAUACUGCUCUCAAGGAAUACAAAAUAGAUGAGAAGAACUUUGUGGUUGUGAUGGUGACAAAACCCAAAGCAGCAGCUGGAGCGGCUCAGCAGUCAAAUGCUACUGCUGCUACUAGCUCAACGACUGCAGCUCCCGGACCAGUCACUGCACUACUCACUGAUGCUGCCCCUGUACCAGCUCCUGUUCCUCUGCCACCAGCACCAGAUGUAGUUGCCUGUGAAUCUGAACCUGUGAGUGAUCCUAAAGAAGAAAACCUAGCAGAAGAACUACCUGAAGCACCACCUGCUGUCAGUCCAUCAUCAACUGACAGUACAACAGGUGAUACAUCUCGAUCAAAUCUUUUUGAGGAUGCUAUAAGUGCACUUGUGACAGGUCAGUCCUAUGAGAAUAUGGUGACUGAGAUCAUGUCAAUGGGCUAUGAACGAGAGCAAGUAAUUGCAGCGCUGAGGGCUAGCUUCAACAAUCCUGACAGAGCAGUGGAAUACCUUUUAAUGGGCAUACCUGGAGAUAAUCAGGCUGCGGCUGAACCCCCUCCAGCAGCAAGCAGUGGUGCCUCUCAGUCUUCAGCAGUGGCAGCAGCUGUAGCAACUAUACCUACAACUACCAGUUCAUUGGGAGGACAUCCACUUGAGUUUUUACGAAAUCAGCCUCAGUUCCAGCAGAUGAGACAAAUUAUUCAGCAAAAUCCUUCUCUGUUACCAGCAUUGCUACAGCAGAUUGGAAGGGAGAACCCUCAAUUACUGCAGCAAAUAAGCCAACACCAGGAACACUUUAUUCAUAUGUUGAAUGAGCCAGUCUUGGAGUCUCGCCAAGGUUUAGGUGGCAGUGAUGAUGGUGCCAGCACUGGAGGACUAGCAGAAGCUGGAAAUGGUCACAUGAACUACAUUCAAGUAACACCUCAGGAAAAAGAAGCUAUAGAAAGGUUAAAGGCAUUAGGAUUUCCCGAAGGACUUGUGAUACAGGCGUAUUUUGCUUGUGAGAAGAAUGAAAACUUGGCUGCCAACUUUCUUCUACAACAGAACUUUGAUGAAGAUUGAGAGACAUUUUCUUAUUUCAGAUCUCACACCAGUGCAUUACACUAAAUUUGCUCACUGGAUUGUCUGGGAUAUUUGGGCUUACAUUCAUAAUGCUUGGUGUAUGGUAUAUGGGGAGGGGCAAAGAAGAAAUAUAGGCAGUAAAACAAAGAAAGCAGCAAGUAUGUCUGCUUUAAAUUAGCAGAUGCAGAAAAUAAAAAAUAAUAUACAACCAAAAAUCAGCUCCUGCAGACAAUUAGUUCCUUCUCUAAACUGUAAGUUGACUUUUUUUAGGUGUUCACUCUUACUGUGUACUAGUUCCAGCAAUGUAGUGUAAUGCCCUGCUUCAUGUUCCUUUCUA